UGACAGCACCGAGAAUGUGAUGAUACAAGUUCUGGGCUGCUGCUUCAUAGAGAGUCAGCGUUUCUUCUGGCAAGUUCUGUCUUCCUUGGCUAUUAUGGUUUGUGUACCUAUGAUUUAAUUUCAGGGCCUGAGCACCAUGUGGACUGCGGAUGAGAUUGCCCAGCUGUGUUACGAGCACUAUGGGAGCAGGCUGCCCAAGCAAGGGAAGCCUGAGCCCUACCACGAGUGGACGUUGCUCGCAGCCGUGGUGAAAAUACAACCCACAGCUGACCAGGCCUGCGACCGCUCUGACGGACCAGUGCAAGUGACAAAGGAAGUUGUCUCAAUGGGAACAGGAACCAAAUGCAUAGGCCAGUCCAAAAUGAGGAAGAGCGGUGACAUCCUCAAUGAUAGCCAUGCUGAGGUCAUAGCCAGAAGGAGUUUCCAAAGGUACCUGCUCCAUCAGCUCCACUUGGCAGCUGCCCUGAAAGAGGACAGCAUCUUUCUCCCAGGAUCUCAGAGAGGACUGUGGAAACUCAGACCAGACCUCUUGUUUGUGUUUUUCUCCAGCCAUACACCCUGUGGGGAUGCCUCCAUCAUUCCAAUGCUUGAGUUUGAAGAUCAGCCUUGCUGUCCUGUCAGUAGAGAUUGGGCCAGUAACCCAUCAGUAGAAACUAGUGAUAACCUAGAAGCUCCUGAAGAUAAAAGGAAAUGUGAAGACCCAGAAAGUCCUGUGACUAAAAAAAUGAGGCUGGAGCCCAGGACUCCUGGUGGUACAGCUCACUGUCAGAGUUUUGGCAGUCAGGAAAAGGGCCCAAAUCCACCAAGUGUCAGUGGCUCUAAUCUCACGGCAGAGGAACUGGCCAGUGUCACUGGAAUGACCCCUAGUGGUGCCCAAGUGGUGGAUGUUUAUAGAACUGGAGCCAAGUGUGUGCCUGGAGAAGCUGGAGACUCAGGGAAGCCUGGUGCUGCGUAUCACCAGGUGGGGCUGCUCCGAGUGAAGCCAGGCCGGGGGGACAGGACUUGUUCCAUGUCCUGCAGCGACAAGCUGGCACGGUGGAACAUCCUCGGAUGCCAGGGGGCACUGCUGAUGCACUUCCUAGAAGAACCCAUCUACCUGUCAGCUGUGGUCAUUGGAAAGUGCCCCUACAGCCAGGAGGCCAUGCAGAGAGCACUGAUCGGGAGGUGUCAGAACGUCUCAGCUCUACCAGAAGGCUUUGGAGUUCAAGAAGUAAAAAUACAGCAGUCAGAUUUACUGUUUGGACAGAGCCGCUGUGCAGUGCAGACGAGAAAGGCUGACAGCCCAGGCCGACUUGUUCCUUGUGGGGCAGCCAUCAGCUGGAGUGCAGUGCCUGAGCAGCCCCUGGAUGUCACCGCCAAUGGCUUUCCCCAGGGGACAACAAAGAAAGGAAUCGGACGCCUCCAGGCCAGAUCCCGAAUCAGCAAAGUAGAGCUCUUUAGAUCAUUCCAGAAGCUGCUAAGCAGUAUUUCAGAGGACAAGUGGCCAGACUCACUCAGGGCACAGAAGCUAGCGACGUACCAAGAGUACAAGGAGGCUGCAUCCACUUACCAGGAGGCCUGGAGUGCACUCCGGAAGCAGGCGUUUGGAUCCUGGAUCAGAAAUCCCCCAGAUUAUCACCAGUUUAAGUGAGCAACGGGUGUUUUCCAUUCCUUCAUCCUGGACUACUGUCUUCCUACAUGCUAAACAGGCCUUAGAUUUUCUUGUGGCUGAUCAGGAAAAAAGACUGCCGUCUAUCAGAGCGAUAGAUCUCUUCUAUGUCAGAUGGAUGGAAUUUUGGACAUGAAACAAACUAUACUUGAUUGAACUAUGCUUUCAAACUGUGAUGCUGGAGAAGACUCUUGAGAGCCCUUGGACAGCAAAGAAAUCAAACCAGUCCAUUGUAAAUCCUGAAUAGUCAUUGGAAGGACUGAUGCUGAGGCCAAAGCUCCAAUGGCCACCUGAUGCAAAGAACUGACUCAUUAGAAAAGACCCUGAUGCUGGGAAAGAUUGAAGGUAGAAGGGGAAGAGGGCAACAGGAUGAGUGGUCAGAUGGCAUCACCAAUUCAAUGGACAUGAACUUGGGCAAAUUCUGAGAAAUGGUGAGGGACAGGGAGGCCUGGGGAGCUGCAGUCCAUGGGAUUGCCAAGAGUCAGACACUGCUUGGCAACUGAACAAUAACUACUUGAUUGAAGUAGCUCUCUGCUAAAAGAGCAUCUUGCUAAUGACCUUGGUGUGUGUCCUGUAUUUUAUUGCUUCUCUAAGAAUAAGAAUUUGGAAUGUGAUGCUGUAGAAGUACUCUGCAGUAGCUCCAUUUAGUGUGUUCCUCAUUGAUUCAGCAAGUAUUGGGCUGAGAUGAUGUUUGAAUCUCUGUAAACUUUAGAGCUUCACCUGUCAUAAUGGACAUGUAUUUUGUAUACCCAGCCUUGCUUCCUUUGAAGAACCACCCUUUUUUCUUUAUCCCUGAGACUCGGGUGAAGCGAACUUUCCUCGUUGACUCCAGCAGUGUGAGCCAACCCUGAACAGUCCUGGAACUAAUACCAGAGCAAUCGGGACAGAUUCCCUCUCUUCUCGUAUCGGGAGCUGUGAGCGCCGGUAACCCGGGGCUGCCUGGGGCUGCCUUUGCCCACUGCACAGAGACAGCCAGCUGGAGAACAAGGUGAUGAAGGAAACAGCCCAGAGGAUGAAGGCUCUCAUGACCUUGUCUGAGUGCCUGGACUUCAACGAUGUGAGAUAAAUUGCUCUUGUUAUUUUGAGUAAGCCCCUUUGACUCCGUUUUCUGUGAGUUUCAUUGGAAAGAGUUCUGUCUAAAAGGCCAAACAAAAGUCCCUAUAGCAACUCAGCAGCACACCUAGAAACCAGGCCUAUUUUUCCUAACAUCUAGUAUUUAACUCAGAGAAGGCGAUGGCACCCCACUCCAGUACUCUUGCCUGGAAAUUCCCAUGGACGGAGGAGUCUGGUGGGCUGCAGUCCAUGGGGUCGAGAAGAGUCGGACACGACUGAGUGACUUCACUUUCACUUUUCACUUUCAUGCGCUGGAGAAGGAAAUGGCAACCCACUCCAGUGUUCUUGCCUGGAGAAUCCCAGGGACGGGGGAGCCUGGUGGGCUGCCGUCUAUGGAGUCGCACAGAGUCGGACACGACUGAAGUGACUUAGCAGCAGCAGCAGUAUUUAACUCUCAACCUCUUCACACUCUAAUAUAUUGACUGAAAGUGGAAGUUCUCUGUGUUGGGAUUGCUCAAGGACCUUGUUCGUUCUUCAGUAUUUCUUUAUAGCUUUAAAUAUUUUUAAUAACAGCUUUAUUGAGAUGUAAUUCACAUACAAAAAAUUCAUCCAUUUAAAAUGUACAGUUUAGUGGUUUUUAGUAUAUCCACAAAGAUGUGCAUAAUCAUCACAAUCGAUUUUAGAACAUUUGUGUUCUAAAUUGGGAGUGGGGGGUGCUAUCUGAUCCAGUACAGUACCCAUUAGCAGCCGCUCUUCAUAUCCCCUCAACACCCCCACUAACCCCAGGGCAAGC